CACCGCCCUCCGCGCGCUACCGGCGCUCACAGCGGCCCCCGGGCCGGGCGUCAUGGGCGGCCUCUUCUGGCGCUUGGCGCUGCGCGGGCUUCGCGGCGGCCCGCGGGACCCGGGCCGGAGUCUGCUCGUGCGCCCCAGUUCGGGAGGGCCCUCCUGGACCCGGGAGCGGACCCUGGUGGCGGUGAAACCAGAUGGAGUGCAGCGGCGGCUCGUGGGGGAUGUCAUCCAGCGCUUUGAGCGGCGAGGCUUCACGCUGGUGGGGAUGAAGAUGCUGCAGGCACCAGAGAGCGUCCUUGCUGAGCACUACCAGGACCUGCAGAGGAAGCCCUUCUACCCUGCCCUCAUCCGCUACAUGAGCUCUGGGCCCAUGGUGGCCAUGGUUUGGGAAGGGUACAAUGUCGUCCGCGCCUCGAGGGCUAUGAUUGGACACACUGACUCGGCUGAGGCUGCCCCAGGAACCAUAAGGGGUGACUUCAGCGUCCACAUCAGCAGGAACGUCAUCCACGCCAGCGACAGCGUGGAGGGGGCCCAGCGAGAGAUCCAGCUGUGGUUCCAGAGCAGUGAGCUGGACCCACUACCUCGCUCAGCAAGAACCCAAGCCCACAUCCCUACCCGCCUGCCCCACCCCAGCCCAGAGGAGUUUGAGCCACCAACUUCAGUGCCUUUCUGUACCCCAAGCCAGCACAAGAUUGGACCAAUCCUUUUUGCACCAAAGUGCCAGGCAACCUUUUUUGAGGGGGUCUUCACAAGUUAGGGUGACUUCUCCUUCUCCAAAGGGGAGGCAUUAAAAGUCACUGUGCCCGGCAAAUGGGGAGGUGCACUAAGUAUGGUUUCCACCAACUCUGAGGUCGAAAUGAUGCUUUUAUGCAAGUUGUAUGCAGUUUAAGAGUAAAAAUGAAGUUUUACACGCC